CGGCCAGGAGAUCGAGAGCUGCUGCCUGCCUGUGGAAGGAGUGUGUGCUCGCUCCCCUGCCGGAGCUCAGCCCUGCCCACCAGCCCUCAGCCUUGACCUGCCCGUUCUGCCCUGUGAGUACUGCUGCUUCCCUUGGGGUUUUCCACAGCCAGGCUCUCCAGGUGGGAGCUCACAGUGCUCUCUCUGUCUCCUGCUAAUCUUCUAUCACCACCCAAGAGGCAAACAAAGGACCACCCUGAGCAGAAACGCACAGCCUCUGCUGCUAGCCCUUGAAGGGUGUCCUUCUGGUUCCUGGCAUUCAGCACCCUAGCAAAAAGGUCACCUGCUGCUGCUGAGCCCCUUUGUGGGGCUUCUCAGAUGCCAGACCCACUAGAUGACUCUCAGGAGCUCCAUGGAGACCUGGCGAAAAGGCUCCUUCCGCAAUGCCUCCUUUUUCAAGCGCAUCACCCUGGGGCGGCCACGGAGACUGCAGCGACAGGGCAGCAUCCUUAGCCAGGCCAGCACCGCUGGGGGUGACCACGAUGAGUACAGCAACCGGGAAGUCAUCCGGGAACUGCAAGGGCGGCCCGACGGCCGGCGUCUGCCCUUGUGGGGGGAUGAGCAUCCCCGAGCCACCCUACUGGCCCCACCCAAGCCCCCGCGCCUCUACCGCGAGAGCUCCAGCUGCCCCAACAUUCUGGAGCCCCCAGCAAGCUACACAGCCGGCUACUCGGCCACCCUGCCUUCAGCAAUCUCCCUGACAGGGUCCCUUUACCAGUGCUCAGAGGAGGGCCUUUUGGACACUCCCCACUUCCCGAAGACACCCACUCCGGACCUCAGUGACCCUUUCCUCUCCUUCAAAGUGGACCUGGGGCUUUCACUUCUGGAAGAAGUUCUGCAGAUUCUAAAGGAGCAGUUCCCAAGCGAGCCCCACUUCUGACCCGGUGAGGGUAGCAAGAACUGGGGUGACUGGAGGAGUGGCGCCUGUGGACCCAGGCAAGGAAGGUACAAUGUGGACUAAAGAACAGGUGGGGACCGGAAGCCACAGUUCUCCCUGCCCUCUGGCU